UCUAGUUUAUACGCUCCCUUCAAGUACUGGAAGGCCACAAUGAGGUCUCCUCAGAACCUUCUCUUCUCCAAGCUAAACAAGCCCAGUUCCCUCAACCUCUCUUCACAGCAGAGGUGCUCCAGCCCCAAAUUAAACCCCUGUAUGCCAAGAGGAAGAUGGCAAGAGCUUGUGACACCGGAACCAGGAAGCAGCAAGCGCCCUAGGUAUUUUCAGAUAAGCGUUGCUCAGUCAGUGGCUCAGAUUAGAGAAAUGAGAGAUCCUUAGCAGAAUUUGAGAGCAUCUCACAAUGGCAUACGGUCACCUACAAGCAGAUUAAAGAAGAAACACUAGUCCUAGUCAGGUUCACAGGGGGAAACAAACUUCCUGCAGAAACUGACCCAAUGAAGGCAUUGCUGGAAAAGUCUUCCUUGUGGAAAUUACAGGUCUCUUUCUGCCUACUACUUUAGGUAGCGUAAAUAGCUUGGAUCACAUUUCCUUGCAUAUUUCCAUAAUUAACAAGGAUGCCGCCACCCCAUUUCCCCAGCAAACAGUCACCGGUCUGUGAUGUCACCGUCAUGCAGCACGGUCACCACGGUGACGUCUGUGACCAUCCCAGCCCACUCCCCACGCCUCACACCACGGCUGCCAUUGCGCUCCAUCCUGCUGCUGGCAGGACGACCCUGGUUGGCCGGGGAGACCGCUGCGGACAGAAAUUUCUGUCAGCGCAAACAGUUAAUAAUUAAGAUGGAGACAUCUUCAUCAGAAACUCCUGGAGUUUCUGUUCCAAAUGCUGGCUUGGCAGACCCGGCUUCUUCUGUCCCGCAAAGACGGGGUAAAAGAACAGCUUGGGAUGCUGCCUUAGGACCGACACGAGAAGAAGACACUUCUCAGGGUUCACAGGAGCAAUCCUGUGCCAAAAGACAACGCCUUGAUCUUUCCACCAAGGGCUCCUGCAAAGCCCAUGACUCGGCCUGCUGCUUUCUAACAAAGCUCCGUAAAAUUGUGGACAGCGACUGCUUCCAGUCCAUCUGGUGGGGCGACGAUGAGAACACCAUUGUGAUUGAGGAAACCCUCUUCAAAACAGAAGUGCUGGGAAGGACAGGACCUCUACACAACCUCAGCAUCGGCUGCAUGAAAGCCUUCGUUCGCCAGCUCCACCUGCACGGCUUCUUCAUUGUGGACAGCGAUUUGCCCACAGCUGCCUCUCGGGCAAAAUGCCCAGCAGGCGCAGCCGCGUCUGUUUGCAGUGAGGUACGCAGUCCCCCUGCCCAUAGGACACCUCUCGGGACAGCUGCAUUGGUGGCCGGUCCCACCUGAGGGGGCUGCAAGCUGGUGGUAUUUGGGUUUCCAAACCCGCUUUCCUGCUUUGACAAUCCUAAAAUUUCUGAUUAUGACUUAAAAGUAGCUUUGUCUUUUCCAACCUGGAAACGGUGGCAUCUAACUCUUCUCCUCUGCAUUUUGCAGUUGCUCUGCUACUACAACCCCAGUUUCAAGAAAGAGUACCCAUGUCUGCAGAAAUGGUUCAAGC